AUGAUGUCACACGAAAGAAGCCGUCAUGAGAGAGAAAGGAAGGUUGAGGCUCUCGUGGCCUUUGCAACGACUCUCUCCCGCCGCCUGCAUCGCCACCUUUCUCCUCCCGUAGCUACAGCUGCUUCCUCCACGAGCGAUGAGGAGAGCCCCGAAAGCCUCACCGACAUCGUCCCCGCUCUCUCUACCCACCUUACCACCACCUUUCCGCUCGCCGUCCCCACAGCCGUUGUCUUGGCCAAGCGCGACACCCUCGACCGCCUCGCUACCGAGAUAUGGAACGCCGCGACGAGGCUCGGACGAGAGCGCGAACAGCAUGCAGAAGGGCAAACAAGAAUAGAUAAGAAGGUACUGUGCAAGGUGCGGGCCUUCGCGGUGUUGGUGCUGGAUGCCGCUGCGGCUUGCGAUAGCUCUGGAAAAGGGAAGGGAAAGGUCGGUGAUGGAAAUGAGGGAACGCUGGUGGAUAAAGGGGUGAGGGUAUUGAAGGUCGCGUUGAAGGUGGUGAGGUCUUGUGUUGAGGUGGGUAUGGUGGAGGAGGGCGGUUUACUAAGGGUGCUGGAGUGCGCGGCUGGAUGGGAGGGGAGGCUGGAAGGGCUGGUGGAGGGUUUGAAGAGGGAUGGAGAUGCGGAUGUGGGAAUGGUGGAUGUUGAUAUGAUGGAGGUGGUCGGGAGACUGAGGGCGGAAUAUUGGAUCCUGAGAAUGGUUCAUGCAUGGAAACAAGCACGCCUAGACCUCGCGGAGCAUAUGUUCUCGAAAAGCGGCCUCGAGCCGAACCGGCUUACGGCUGACACGGGAGAUAUGCUGACGGAUACACUGUUCGAGAUCGGCAGAGAUUUGUUCAGGAAGGGCCAGUAUGAGGACGCUGUGAAAUGGCUUGAUCGCGCUUACGACAUUAUUGGAGAGCAAAAUGUGGAAGAGCUGGAUCACGACGCCGUGGAGCUGCGAUUGGCCAUUCUUAACUUCCUGGUCCGCGCAUGUCUCAAAGUGAACACUGCAGAGUCGCAAGACAAGGCCCGCGGUAUCGUCGAUUUGCUCGAGUUGGAUCACGGCGACAAGAUGGUCGUCCAUCUCCUGAAGCUCGAUGUUAUUUCUGCAGAUCAAGAAUUGGACGUCGAGCAGUAUUACAAUGUGGUGGUUCGCAUGAUACGGUCUAUCGUGCUCACCGAUACAAAUUUCAAAACGAUCAUGCACCACGCCCAUAUCAUCAAAGGUAAAAGCCCUGAACUAGCUUGUAAAGCACUGGACAAACUGCUUCAUGACAAGCUUUUCCAACAUGAGAAUCCUCAAUGGAUUGAGAAAGUUACUGUUACACAAAUAUGGAUCCUUGCCAAUUCAGGAGACGACCAACCGUCAGAAUUUCUCACGGACCUGUUAAAUAUUGUACUGCAGAACUCGCGACCGUUCGAUGCUCCAGCGACGCACGCCUCACAGACAAUUCUUUGGAAGAAAAUUGAGACCCUCUACAGCCAUGGAAAAUAUGUCGAAUCGGAAGCCUGGUGCGAAAUUGCACUUCAUCCUCUUUUCACCAAGGCUGGAGAGUCAAACAAGGCGAAGAUUUCUAGAAAAGUCAUUCUGUGUGCUUUAUCAAGACAGGAACACAACACUGCCCGGAAGGUGUUUUUUGAGAUGCCUGAGAAGGAAAGGAACAACCCGAUGACUCGCUUUUUGAUGUACAAAAGUGCCAUUCGAGACCAGCAGCCGGAGUUCGCCGCGGAAUGUCUCGACACCAUAAAAGCCCAAGGAUUGCGAGACCAGAAAAGCGCCAUUGCUGCUCUUCAGAAAGCACUGGAGAAAUACGACUAUGGUGCACCUGUCGCAAUACACCUCCCAGCGCUGCUUCGAUCAACAAUCAGACUCCUUGUCAAUCAACUGAGCGCCUCUUCCGACAUCAAUGAGGAAGCAAUGAAGGAACUUCUCCGGUACGAGCUCGAAUCGGCGCUGAAGCGCAGGGACUGGGAUAGCCUCGACACACUCUGGGACGAAUGUUUCGACAUCCCAGACAGCGGAACUGGAACAAAGGAAACAGGAGGCAGCUGGUACACCCGCCACCUUGAAACUCUCGCCGACCUUGCCCUCGUCAUCCAUGCAGAUCUGACCAAAGCUCAACCAUCGUCUUCCGCGUCGACAACAACAACAACAGCCACCCACCGCGCCCGCAUCCUCGGCGUCCUCCAACGCAUAGUCAACCAGAGCUGUAGCAGUGGUACUAUCGGUAGCAGCAGAUCUGAUGACGCCGCCGUCCAUCUUUCCCGCUGGAUCCGCUGUCUUUUCAAGCUAUCAAUCGACAACAGCCACGCGCUCGAUGACCCGGACGCCAUCCCACUUCAAUGCAUAGAGCAAGCAACGAACGUCAUCUCGUCUUCGUUAUCUUCGUCAAUCGCCGGCGCUGUCCAGCGGGAAAGGGGCAAGGGCGUAGAUGAAAAUGAUGGCGGCGGCGGCUCACACUGCUACCCGCAAAUCGAAGCGGAGUGGCUGGCGUCGACAGCGUUCAACCGGGCCAUCGACUUUUUCUGUGCUGGGAAUGAUGCGAGGUGUAAGGUCUGGGCGGAGAAGGCGAUGGAGCUGGCGAGAGCGGCAGAGCAGAGGACUGGCCGUGGUGAGGUGGAGAGGCGCGAGCGUGGGCUGUAUGCGGUCUUGAUGGAUAGGUACAAGGGAUUGCUGAGAUGGGAGUAG